UCCCCGUGACGCCACCCCCGCGCGCCCCCGGUCCCGCACGCGGCGCCGCCGCCAUGAGCUGCCCGGUGCCGUGCGCAGCGUGGGUGCGGCGCGGCGUUGCCAAGGAGACGCCGGACAAGGUGCAGCUGAGCCGCGACGAGCUCCGGCGCCUCGUCGGGGAGGCCCGCGAACGGCUGAGGGAAGGCGCUGAUGAUAGCGAUGAAGAUGAGCAGGGCCAGACGGCAGAUGGCAUGGACGUUGCCACUGCUGAAAGAGCUGAGUCUUCUCCUAAAAAUGAAGACCAGGAGGAAACCUCCGAAAAGCUGACUGACGAUGAACUGGCUGAAUAUGAUUUGGAUAAGUAUGAUGAAGAGGAAGACACAGGUGAUAGAAAGCUCGGAGAGACUUUAGCUGGUCUGGCAGUGUAUGGGAGCAAUGAUCAGGAUCCUUACAUCACUCUAAAAAACACUGAUCAAUAUGAACAGGAAGACUUUUUGAUUAAAUCCAGUGACAAUCUUGUCCUUUGUGGCAGAGUUGAUAAAGACUACUGUAGUUUGGAGGUCCAUGUUUAUAAUCACGAAGAAGACUCAUUUUAUGUACAUCAUGAUAUUAUCUUGCCUGCUUACCCUCUAAGUUUGGAGUGGUUGAAUUUUGAUCCUAAUCCUGAUGAAUCAUCAGGAAAUUACGUUGCAGUGGGUAACAUGACCCCAGUUAUUGAUAUUUGGGACCUUGAUAUAGUGGACUGCUUAGAACCAGUCUUUUCUCUUGGCAACAAGAAAGAGAAAAAGAAGAAAAAGAAAGGAAAAAAAAAUUUAUCUGCAGAAGGAACGGUGGAAGGACAUACUGAUGCUGUGCUUGAUCUUUCAUGGAACAAACAAAGCAGGAACGUUUUAGCAAGUGCGUCUGCUGACAGCACUGUGAUUUUGUGGGAUAUGUCCGUUGGUAAGGCAGCAGCCAGCCUGACGCUACACACAGACAAGGUCCAGACUUUGCAAUUUCAUCCAUUUGAAACUCAGACCCUUAUUUCUGGAUCUUACGAUAAAUCAGCUGUGCUGUAUGAUUGCAGAAGUCCACAAGAUAACCAUCGAAUCUGGCGGUUUAGUGGUCAGGUUGAAAGAGUAACUUGGAAUCACUUUUCACCUUGUAAUUUCUUAGCAAGCACAGAGGAUGGCUUUGUGUACUGUCUGGAUGCUCGCUCUGAUAAGCCGCUGUUUACUCUGAAGGCUCACGAGGAAGAGGUGUCAGGGCUACAGCUGAGCAGUCAGGUCAAAGGGUGCCUUGUGACAUCAUCUGCGGACAAAUAUGUGAAAAUUUGGGAUAUCCUGGGAGACAAACCAAGUUUAAUCCAUUCCAGGGAUAUGAAAAUGGGUGUUCUCUUCUGUGCAGCUUGCUGCCCUGACUUCCCAUUUGUUUUUGCCUUCGGAGGAGAGCGAGAAGGGCUGCGUGUUUGGGAUAUAAGCACCAUUUCUGCAGUGAAUGAAGUUUUUGGAAACAGAGAGAGACUUGUUCUGGCUGGCGCGGCAAACUCUGCAGCUUGCAGCUCCUUGGCCAGCAGUAGCAGCAACAAUUCAGAAACAGCGAUGGAAUCAUGACGGACCAAACCUCACAAAAUCAAAGUAAUUAAAGGGACUACAACUCGUGUAUUCUACAAAUUUGCCUGUUUGGAAAUAGUUCAUAGAAAUGAUUCGUGUCAUGCGAUCUGCAGGCUUCUUCACUCAAAGAAACGUGGUCAUGUGGUUAAGCUCUUAAGUCGGGAGUUCCAAGUUUCUGCCUCUAUCACCAGCUUUGAAAGACUGAAUGACUUCCGUGGGCCUGAGAUUAUGAUCCCUGAGUUAGGGGCUGCUGUGUGUAGAGUUGAGAUAUGAGAUUGUCACCAGAAAAGCAUUCUGCUGCUCUCAGAAGUUUGUCAGAUACUGCAAAGGAGCUAAAUAACUUGUAAUGGCAUAAGGAACGGUACUUCAGUCAACAGUUGUGUGACAUCAAACAAAUGCUGAAAGAAAGGGCAAAUGUAAAUAGACAGAUGAUUUAUCCUUGAGACUGGAUUUACAGAUUUCUUAUACAGAUUUUAAAUUUUUAAGAUUUUUUUUUAAAGUUAUGUGUGAAAGAGUAUGUCUUGAAUAGUAAGUUGGAGUCCCUGAGUAGAAUCAUGAAAUGUAACACCUCAGGUCGCCGAUGUCAAACCAGAAAUAUCCCCGCUCUUUCCCAUCAAGAUCAAGGGUUUCUUUUCUCUGGUUCCACAGCACCUGAAUCUUACUGACAUUACAUGUGUGCUGCUGUUGGGUUUUUUGUUUGUUUAUUUUAAAGUCUAAAUGUGAUAUCUGUAAAAAGAAUUAGAAUUGAAAUAAGGAGCUACCAUUCAGAAGAGGGUAAGAGGCUGUCAGGGCGCAAAGUGGGAGCAGGGAUCUCAGCUGGUCCCUGUCACUUCUAUCCAUUUUACCUGCUUGUGUUCUUAACCCCUCACAGGCGUUUCUGCCUGAAACCUGAAGGCCCAGAGGAACAUUCUGAGUGGCAGCCUAACCACUGACUGAAUUCAUUUGUAACAGCAGGAACCUCAUCAAGGUUCCUCGCCUUUAAAAUGAGCACCAAGUGCCUUCCUGUAGGCCAGAAGCUAAAUGAUACCCAUCCUCCUAUGAAGUGCUUCCCUCUCCACAUUCCAGAAGGUGUCUGUUAAAGCACUACCGCAGCAAAAAUGCCCUGGGUGUUAAAACAACCGGUGUCAAAGCAGCUGUGGUGUCUGUGCACACAGCUGACAAGCUGUUACCGCUGCUUUCCACCCUAGCUCAUUGGAACUUAUUCUGGGGAGGUAAAGCAGAGAAAUUAAUCGGUGCAGGCUGCACAUUGGAAAAGGCAGGGCUGUGGGUUUCUGUUCCGUUCCUCAAAGUGCCUGCAUCUGAAUCCAAUUCGGCUUCAAAAGGGUCUUUUGCAACCUAAGUGGUUCUAAGCUUCCAAGUCAGCUGUUUCCAGAAUACCUUGGAUGUGUCGAGUCCCUUCCCAAUCCUUUAUCUGCCAGGCACCACAACACACGAACAACUGGGUUUGUGAAGCUGAAGAGGUAAAAGUGCCAGAACCACCUCUGUUCAAGUGCUCUGCAGUGAAAAGCUGUAAGUUUUUCAACGCUUCCAUUUGAAAUAAAUGCUUCAUGUUAAGCUCUU